CAAAGUUGUUUCUUUAUAACAAAACAAAAAAAAGUGUUGUGUUUAUUAUUUUUAAAAUAAAAAUCAAAACGAAAUAACAAAAAAACCUUAUGGAUUUCUGCUGCUAUUGAUUUUUAAACAAUCAAUUAAUUUGGAUUAUAUUUUUCUGCCUUCAAAUUGCCAUCAACCUUUUUUUGGAUUACUUUAUUUUGAACUUUACAUAAACUCCAAAAACCUUAAAUAUGGAUUACAAAAACGAAUUUCAAUCUGAUGAUGAUUUCGAUUGCUCAAACAGUUACAACAAUGACAACUUUCAACAGCAAACGGCGGCUCAAAAUGCUGCACAAAAUCAAUUUAAUACCUCUCAAGGACGUUUGAAUAAUAAUGCAGGAUUAUCGAAAGCCGAAUUGAGAAAAACCAAUAAACCCAUUAUGGAAAAACGUCGCCGGGCUCGCAUUAAUCAUUGUUUAAAUGAAUUGAAAUCUUUGAUCUUGGAAGCCAUGAAAAAAGACCCGGCUCGUCAUACUAAAUUGGAAAAGGCUGAUAUUUUGGAAAUGACAGUGAAACAUUUACAGUCUGUACAAAGACAACAGCUAAAUAUGGCUUUACAAACUGAUCCCACCGUUAUACAUAAAUUCAAGACCGGCUUUAUGGAAUGUGCCGAUGAGGUUAAUCGUUAUGUCAGCCAAUUGGAUGGUGUUGAAGAUGGUGUACGCCAAAGACUUAAUAGUCAUUUAAAUAAUUGUGCCACUAGCUUGGAACAGAUUGGCUCAAUGACCAAUUUUUCGAAUGGUUAUCGCAGUGGUGCUUCUUCGAAUUUCUUUGCUAAUACCAAUAGCAUGCCUUUGCCUACUACUGGUUCUUUGUUUCCUGCUUUACCUCAGGAUUUGAAUAAUAAUCCUGCUGGUGGCAUACAAAUGGGUGGUGUACAGUUGAUACCCUCAAGAUUGCCUUCAGGAGAGUUUGCUUUAAUUGUACCCAAUACUGCUAAUAAUACAACAGCAGCUGCUUCUUUAAUCAACAGCAAUUCUAAUUCUGGUUUUCCUUCUUGGCCUGGUAACAACACCGCAGCGGCCUCUAAUAAUUCUACUCCUAUUAAUGAUUUUGCUGCCAACUUUAAGCGUCUCAGUGCUUUCUCUAAACCUCAAAACACUCUCAUUACACCUCUAAAAGUUCCUGUUGGCAACAGCUAUCCCCAAACCAACCUAACACACUCCAACUAUCAACUACAGACAACACAGCAGCAGCAACAACAAGCUUUUCACACCACCACCACUACUAGUCCUCCUCUCAGUCCCAUCUCCUCAGUGUCUAGUCAUAAUGAAGAUUCCAACAUGCACACUAGCUCCGAUUUUACCAAUUCACGAUCAAUAUCACCCAGACAAGAUAAACAUAAUAGCUUCUCGGGUGUAUUUGCCUCACCACCCUCAAGUGCUGAGAAUUCGUUUGUCUUAAGUGCUGCUCAUUUGCAACAACAACAGGUUACAUCUACCUCUAGUAAUAGUGAUUUGAAUACCAGUUCAUCUUCCUCUUUGAAAAGAUCAUUUUCGGAAACAGCUGAUUCUAGUAUUUGCUCUGAAGAUGAACACACCAGCAAGAAAUAUCAAAGAGAACAACAAGAUGCCGAAGAUCAGGAUAGUAUGUGGAGACCUUGGUAAAUGUCCCUGCUUAAGCUUGUAAGAGAAUUUUGUAAAUUUUUUCCCAAAAACUGUGCAUUUUUUAUGUAAAUUAUUUUUGAAUUUUAAAUAACUUCUCUUUGUUUAAACAAUAAUUUAUUUAAUUUUUA